CCAAAGUUCUCCGACCAACUCUGGUGAUACAUUUGCUUCUUCACCUACCUAUCCUGGGGCUCCACGCAAGCCAAUGGCCACUUUCCCAUACACGCCGCUCGACCUCAGUGAGUCGUCUAUUCGACUCUUGUACAUCCGCAAAGGGUGGCCGGGAGAGGACAUCAUCUGCGAGCUGUGUGAAUCGUACCUCCAAACCGAAAAGGGCAUUCCGUACAAAGCUCUGUCGUACAACUGGGGAGGCCUUCAGCAUGAACCACAGCCCGGUCUUCCCCUUGUCCUCGUGGACGGGCAUCAGAUCAGCUUGACAGAGAAUCUGUACUCGGCUCUACGGCACAUUCGGCGUCCAGAUCAAAAUAUUUUCCUCUGGGUGGACGCCAUCUGCAUUAACCAGAAAGACCCGCGAGAGAAGGGCCAUCAGGUUAAGCAGAUGGGAUACAUAUACAAAGGCGCAGAGGAAGUGCUCAUCUGGCUUGGCCCCGGUCACGAGGGCACCGAUACCCUUCUGCAAUCCUUUAGUUGGAUAGACAACAAAGCCACCGAAUCCCUGGCAUCGGGAAACAAGGAGGACUGGAUGAGCCUCUGCCAUCAGUCCAUAAGCCAGCGGUGGCCAGACUUAUCGUGGCCGAAACAAGUUCUCACAGAGCUCCUAACAAGACCCUGGUUCAAGAGGGUGUGGAUUCUCCAGGAAGUUGCCAACGCGAGGACGGCUAGGGUUCUGUGUGGGCGGGGUUCCUGUCCGGCACGAACUUUCGCCUUGAUGCCCUCUCUGAUGAAACUCGCCGUCAAUGAGCACACUCAAGCGGUCCUUGACAUCAUGCCGCGAAUUCGACAAAAUACCUGGUGGUCAUCAAAUCGCCAUUUACACGUCCUUCUCGCCAAAUUCGCAGACAGCCAGUCUUUUCUAGUCCGGGACAGAAUCUACGCCUUGCUCGGCAUGUCAGAGGAUGCAUGCAACCCGGAGACAUUCUACCCAUGCUACCAGAAAUCCGAAGAAGAGGUCAUUCGAGAUACUGCAUCGUUUCUGCUGUUUAGAGGAUCUCUUGGCAAAUACGAUCCAAUGCCACACUUACGGUUAUCCGACCUGUGUCUGCCAAUCACUCAGCUGGCUGGAAACGUACUUAUCUGGACCCUUGAACAACUUGAAGCGUCGGAACCUCGGUGGGCUUCCGGAAGAGAAACGGCUACACUUCUUGCGCGACACCUGAACGAAAGGCGCUUUGAACCAGCUGACGUCCUCAUGAUGGUGGCAAAGAAGUAUGGCGAGGCGAAAAGGGUCAAUGAUAUAUUGUUGGAUGGAGAUACCGAGCUGUUUUUCCACGUCGUGGUUAGUAUCCCAUGGCGUCUAUGCGUCACCAUGGUUCGCCGGCAAGCAGGUCCUGUGGUCUCCCUCGGCCACUACGUGCUGGUCAGAUAUUCUAUAACCCCUCCUCCAAGAGAGUUUAUGGAGAGCGGGGAAGACUGGUCGCCUCAGGGUUGGCGGUCAACCCACCAGGCAAUUCCAGAGUACACCCCUGAAGCCUCACCAAUACCCAUAUAGAUAGAUGUAUCAUUGAACGUAUCUACACAGGUACAUACAUAACCUGAGGA